CUCCGAAGUGGAAUCUUUCUGCAUCAAACAAACAAAUAAUCUCAGCACCUCAUGGCACCUUCUAGAGCACUUCUGCCGUUGCGCAGCGCAACUCCUUUCCAACGACGCGGACCUCCGCACCUCCACCUCCUCCCUUCCACCCCAUCCCGUAUACGCAAUAUCUGCUGCAACCGCUACCCCGCCGCCUCGUUAGCUGCUAUACACACCGAUUCCAGACUGUUCUCUCCAAAUCGCUUCAACGAUAGCGGUAGACGGCAGCAGCGACAGUUGCUCCUGCGGGGCAGUGGCACCACGGCACCCUUCUUUCUCACGAGACCAUACUCGCAGCCCGCUACUGCGCCCGAACCGCCAGACUAUUUGAACGAUGCUGAGCGCCACAUCUUCGAUAAGAUCAAGGCGGAGCUGGAGCCUGUGAAACUCGAGGUCCAGGAUAUCAGCGGCGGAUGUGGCUCCAUGUAUGCUUUGGAGAUUGAGUCGCCAAAAUUCAAAGGUCUCAGCGUCGUCAAGCAGCAUAAACUCGUCAACUCGGUAUUGGCGGAGGAGAUCAAGGGGUGGCAUGGUGUGCAGCUGCGGACGAGGCCGUCUGCGUGAUGAUGGAGGGUGAAGAACGAAAAGGAGGUUGAGGAGUUACUCACCGUUGAGGAAGGUUCUAGAUUCAGAGCGGCAGUGGGAUCUGUGGAUGGCUACUCACCGUUGAGCGAGCAAUGAGCGAGCAAGAUUUCUGGAGGCUCUGUCGUUGUUGUAUGAUAUCCUUACUGUCGGUAGCACUUGUGGAUAGCAUGGUGCGGGGUUGUGUACAAUAGGGAUUGGAUGGAGCGUAUAGAUGUUUGAUGAAGUCACGUCAUCAUCGAUAGAAUAAUAGGCAAUCCGGUGAGGGGAUCCAGGAUGGCGCUAGAUGGUGAAAAACGAUUUCGUGGUGUUUUGUGCAAGGCUUGUUGAACUGGACAUGAGAUGUCGUUACAUACUAGACGCAAUGCUCGACGCAAUAAAUCACGAGCAUCUGAUCAAAGACUGAGUCAAGGGAGCAUUGAGAACACUGGAUGUAUAAAUAGAUGAAUCGAGCAGGAU